AUGACGACAACCUUUCCCGUGGCAGAUCCACUCACUAUUCUGCCCCCCGAGAUUGUCCUGCGCAUCUUGGAAUUCUCCCCGGUCGCGACCCUCGCGUCUCUAACCGCCGCCUCUAAGGCCUGGCACCGAUUUAUCGACGGCGCGCAUCAAGAAGCAAUUUACACCUCCAAGGCGACACAACCCCCCGGUGGCGCCCGUGACCUCUCCUUCCUUUCCAACGCUACUAGCUACGCCAAUCUUUUCGAAGGAACGUCGUCAUGGAAGGACCUUUGCAAGCGACAGACGCUGCUCGCCCGCAACUGGGCUGCGUCCCCGCCAGCGAGCCGGGAAUCUGUCGUGCAGGUCGGGAAUGAUCCCGUUUGGCGAUUCCGUCCUGACUUUAAGCGUCGAUUCUUUGUUUCCACAUCUCAUGCCGGUGGCUUGAAUGUCAUUAGCAUGGACACGGGUCGCGUUAUCUGGCGACUCCCGUCGACGCUGGAUACGGCGGAUGGCGAGCAUGGAGUUCGUCCGUAUGCACACUUGGAAUACCAGGAUGGGAUGGCGGUGUUCGAUUGUGAGGGGGAUGCGGUGGAGGUCUGGCAGGCGGGCUUGGAAGGUGCACAACAUGGGGAGUUCCGGCAGAUUGCCGUCUUGAACCAUGAUUGCCAGACCAGAGGCUUUCAGCUGUCCUUCUGGACGCUCUGCGUGGUGUCAAGUGAAGGCCAGGGUUUUGUCUAUGAUAUGACGCAACGCCCUCCCAAGCUGCGGACGCACCUCAAGAUUCAGGAUGGUGGUAUCGGUCACCUCGACCAGAGUGCCGACGUUGUCAUCUAUUCCAUGGGCCCGGGGGGCUUCCAUGCGCACGACAAGACGACGGGGGAGUUCUUGGGUGCCCUCCACCCGUCGGAGUGUAUGGACAUGUAUCACAUCCGCCCACCAGCCGCCGAAUCUCCGAACGCUACGAGUCGACCGUUUCUUCCCGGCUCUAAGCGCAAAGACUCUCUCCUACCUGUCACGGUCGCAAAGGGUCCUCUUCCUACCCCGACCGAUCCGGAUCAUGUUUGGGACGGCGAGAACGAGUGGGGAUCAGGGAUGAUAAAUGGGAACCUUUUCGUCGGUUUCUCUCGCGCCGGUCGGGUCUUCGUGUGCUGGGACUGGCGUAAAGCCCUCCAAAGCGGUGUUGAGGGGAACAGUUCCAUCAUCGAGUGCGAAACAGACGGAUCCACCUUUGAUCUAGGAGGAUGGCUGUCCGUGCGAAACCAUCGCCUGAUGUUCGAGAUCCAGGACCGGAUUUAUAUCGUCGCGCUGGAUGACGACGACCGAAUCCAAUGUUCUGACAGUCCCGCCCGCGCGUCGUACACCCUCCUCACCAGCUCUGCCCCACAGCUAGCCGUGCCGGUCAGUUUCAUGGGGCUCUAUGAUGAUGCGAUCAUGUCGACUUACACUACCCUCGGCUGGCGCCAACCCCUCAUUAACCUUCCCGGAGGCCAACCUCCACGACAAGAUAACGCCGCCCGCAUUUUCCCCACGAAAGCCAUCCGGAUCGUCAACCUAGCACCUGAACUCUCCGACAAGUCGGAUGCCCCCUCUGACGCCGACCAGGCCCAAAACCAGGCUGGAGAAGGUGGAGGCCCGCAAAAUCCGCCAGCAGAGGAGGUCUGGCGGUCCCAAGCGGGACUUUUGCAGCUGAUCAACAUGCUCGGAGGUGAGUUUGGGGAGCUGGAGGAGGAAGACGAGGGGGAAGAUGAAUUGGAGGCUUUGUUUCCAGAUGCGCAUAAUGGCGACUCCGACGGGUGGGAGGACGAUGACGAUGACGACGACGACGACGAUGACGAUCACGACGAUCACGAGAAUACGCACCAGCCUCCGCAUGAGGGUGCAUAG